UGGAAAGAAUCACCCAAUCCCAUCCAGUCCGAUUGACGAACUAGAUAAAUACAUAAAAGGAAGACAAAAGGAUUAAGACAUUCUCUACCAACUACUCUACUUACUUCAUGGACUUUUGGUUAAACGAGCAAAGAUCAAAGAGAAAGAGAGAGAAAAAAAGGUUCACUGGGGACUCAUUUUAUUACGAAAGAGAUCAACAAUUAUAAGAGGUCGAUCAAUGACAGUGCAAAGUAUACCUCUAUCUCCAUACUGGUAUCAUUUUGAAUAAGUGUCUGCCAGUUAAUUAUUCGAAACUUGUCUCAUAUCAAACGCUAGCUAUCUGUUGGUUCCGCAAUCCAUUAUCAAACACGCCUAUGUGCGUUACCAUCUUGGCAUUGAAUUGACUACCCAAAAAUUUCCUGGAGUCCGGCCUAUUCAGCGACCCAGAACCUCUUGACGAGAACAUUUCACCAUACGUUAAAAGAUAAUUCUCGGGAUAAGGGACGAAUUCGUUCGGAUAGUCGAGAUAUUGUGUAUCGAUUUACUCGGCAGAUACAACUUCUGCCAAUUUGCGCAAAGAUGUUGACCUUCAGGAGAGCUUUAAUAGCUGCGGCUUUCUUCCUUACCAUGAUAUUUCUGGUAACACGAACCCACAAUCAACCCACACCAAACGAUAUAUUAUUACAAGACACGAGUAUACCAAAAGCAGGAGAGAAGGAGGAAGCGGAUUUAAAAACAAAGCCAGGCUCAUCAGCCUCGACGGAUGCGGUUCCAUCUACACCAAAAAAGGAUACCCAAGUUUCCCAAACACUAUUACAAGAUUUGUCAAGAGCACCUCUGCGAGAAAAGCUCGCAUAUCAAUUUCCAUAUGACGUAGAGACGAAGUUUCCGGCAUACAUUUGGCAGACGUGGAAAUACACACCAGCAUCUGGAGAGUUUGGGGAAGCUUUUCGUCCUGCGGAAGCAAGUUGGUCGGAAAAGCACCCGGGAUUCGUACAUGAAGUCAUCACAGACGAAGUCGCAGUCCAUUUGUUAAAGCAUUUAUAUGCUUCUGUGCCAGAAGUUUUAGAGGCUUACAAUUCCUUACCUAUGCCUGUUUUGAAAGCCGAUUUCUUCCGAUACUUAAUUCUGCUGGCCAGAGGUGGAAUUUACUCUGAUAUUGAUACCCACGCAUUGAAACCUGCCCCCGAAUGGCUUCCCGAGAGUGUGCCACGCGAAGCUAUUGGAUUAGUAGUUGGCAUUGAGGCAGAUCCAGACCGUCCAGAUUGGCAAGAAUGGUACUCUAGAAGAAUUCAGUUCUGUCAAUGGACAAUUCAGGCAAAGCCUGGACAUCCUGUGCUCCGCGAAAUCGUUGCCAAUAUCACUCAACAGACUUUGGACAUGAAGAAACGCGGAGCUCUCAAGAAAUUCGAUGAUAAGAAUGUUGUAACAUUCACCGGUCCCGCUUUGUGGACAGAUACUAUUUUCGACUUUUUGAACGAUGAGAAAUAUUUUGACAUGACGACAAGCAAGGGAAACAUCACAUGGAGAGAUUUCACAGGCAUUAUAUCAGCAAAGAAGGUUGGUGAUGUGGUUGUUUUACCCAUUACGAGUUUCAGUCCUGGAGUUGGACAAAUGAAUGCAAACGAUUAUGAUGAUCCUAUGGCUUUCGUGAAGCACGACUUCGAAGGCUCUUGGAAACCCGAGAACGAACGACAUGUCGGGGCGAAUUAAACAAAUAUUCGCUUCCCGGCGACAGAUACUUUUCCUUACAAAAAAUUAUGAGCACGUUGCACAUACACUAGCCGAUUUCGAGCGAGCAUCAAAUGCAUGAGUGGCACAUUGACGAGCACAAUGGGAGGCUUUUCUUUUCUUUUUUUGUUUGAUGGGAAAACAUAGAAUGGUUGUCCUUAAAAAAUACCUCUGCGUUUGCUUUUAUUCUAUUAGCAUGGAGUUUGAUUUGAGAUUUGGGAUAUUGGGAUACAGUUUCUUUCUUGCUUGGAUGGUUGAAGAAGAGUCGAGGGGAAAGUAAAGUAUGUGUAUGUGGAAGCAGGCCCCGAAUUUUUUUAUGUUUGGCUGUAAUGCCAAAAGCAGAAGACAUGGAUUUUCAAGAGCUGAGAUACGUGUAUUAUUGGAUUUUUGCACUUCUGGAUGUUCUUGGGAGGUGGAAUAGAUGGUGGAAUCGCUGAAGCAAUGUUGCGACCUGCUUGGGAUACGGAUAAAAUAUCUUUAAUGAGUACUCCCAUAGGAGGAUUCGGAGGUGGGUGAAGAGUCCACGGUGGUGGAGUUGUAUAUAUAGUUGUACUAUUGGUAUUGUGAAUAAGGAGAAGGAAUCAAUAAGUCGAGGACCAAGCAAUCAUC